UGGGUAAAAAAAUGGCUGAGGUUGAUUUUGGGGAUCGUGAGCUCUUUGAGCAGCUAAAUGACUCUGCUCCGCUUCUCCCCUCACAUGUUCGCUUCACAGACGAUGGAGAAGACCAGGAGGAGACGAGCCAGCUCCGGAGCAGGCUGAAGGAAUGUGAUGACUACAUCCAGAGACUCACGGAGGAGAAUAAGGGUUUGAGAAGAAAGCUUAACAUUCUCACACGUCCAAGCGGAAUCGUUGUCGAAGAUCUCAACAUUGACGGCCCUGUUCUUCAAAUCCUUUACGCAAACAACGUCAUUUCCAAACAAUGUCGCCAAGAAAUUGAAGACAGCAUCUGCAGUGUGAUUUUGAAGCAUCAACAACUGGGUGAUGAAACGAAAAAGAACACCUAUCACAUAAAACCACAGAACUCAGCCUUUACCUUGGAUGAAGAUCCACAAAAAUUGUCUUCUAGUAGUGCAAGAACAACAGGAGAAUCCUUUAAAGUGGUUGGAAGUGUAUUACAUUUCACUACUUUUAGUGUUGAUAAACUUGGACAACCUCUGAUGAAUGACAGCCCUCAGAUGACAGAUGGAUGGGAGGUUCCAACCUAUAACCAGGUCUUCUGCCAAGUCGUUGGCACGGAUGGAGUAGAAAUAGAAAUGAAAGACAAAAGACCAAAAUCUAUUUGUUUCAACUGCGGUCUGAGCAGUCAUCAGAUGAAGGAUUGUCCCAAGCCCAAAGAUAUGGCUGCAAUCAACGAGAGAAGGAAGGAGUUUAAUCAGAACAACAACCAGGCCAUGCAGAGUAACCAGCGAUACCACGCUGACGAAGUGGAGGAGCGGUUUGCCAAAUACAAGGCUGGAAUGAUGAGCGAGGAGCUCAUGGCAGCACUGGGACUUGAUAGAAACACCCUUCCACCUCUGAUCUACCGCAUGAGGCAGCUUGGAUACCCACCAGGUUGGCUCAAAGAGGCAGAAAUGGAAGACUCAGGCUUGGCCCUUUAUGAUGGAAAUGCUUCAAACGAUGGCAAUGCAACAGACAACGCCAACUCCCAAAAUGUCUCUUAUGAUGUUUCCAAACUGGUGGAUUUCCCAGGUUUCAACGUGCCUGCACCAAACAUGAAAGAUGAGUUUAUGCUGUAUGGCUCUGUCCCGAUACAGAGCUGCCACAUGAAGCAAAACUACGCAGCCUACCUGUCCAGCAACUUCCCCAUGCCUGGUGCCAACAGCAACAAGAGACAGCAUGAAUCUGACUCGUCUUUUCAGCAGAGGAAGAAGAUGAGGUCCAGUCCCGAUCGAGCCUCUGAUAGAAGCUCAGACAUGGAUAUUGAAUCGGAUCCAGGGACACCUUACCAUACUCAAGGUGCAGGUGACUUCCAGUUCCAACCUCCGCUGCCCCCUGGCUCUCCUUGCUUCAGUUCACCUCCUCCUCUACCACAUGGCACUCCUCCUGCUACACCCACUCCUCCACCUCUCCCCAAAGGCACUCCUCCUCCCACACCCACCAAUGGCUCUCCAGCUCUGCGUGGGCAGAGCUGGACGGCUGCUGAUGACGCCGCAGAGGGAACAGAGGAUGAACUGACACUGGAGGAGCUGGAGGAGCAGCAGAGGUUGAUAUGGGCGGCUCUUCAAAAUGCAGAAACGGCAACCAACAGUGACUCUGAGACACCUGCCACGGGAACUCCUGUACCCAGUUCUCCAAGCGUGUCCACACCUGUGCAUGUGGACACAGAAACAGAAGAGACUGAGGAAGCAAUGGACACUAGAAAACCUGAAGAAACUUGUCAAAACAUUGAAAUUAAAAGUGAACCUCAGAGCCCUGGGCCGAUCAAAGCUGAGGAAGACAGUCCUCAGAGUCCUGAACCAGUAAAAAUGAAAUCUGAAAGCCUUCUGAGUCCAUGUCAAAUUAAAGUUGAGGAAGACAGCCCUCAGAGCCCGGACCCAAUCAGAAUCCAGGAAGACAUCAGACAGAGGCCUGAUCUGGGUUACCUGCAUGGUGGUGCUGGAGAUUGUGCCUCUCCUGAGCACAGUAUGAAGAUAACAGCUGUGCCUCAUCGGAGCAACUUUGCAGCUGGCAUUGUUCCAUUUGAAGAUACACCAGAGUUCACUGAAGUUGCAGAAGCCACAGGGACUUAUCUUAAGAUCAGAGACUUACUUAAAAGCUCACCUCGAAAUUUGGCGAAAAAAAAGUAACAGAUGUACUUUUUUGAUUUGGAACCCAGGGACACAUGGACAUUUUUUAAACAAAUGCUUCUGUUUUCAAUUUCAUGACCAUCUCAUCAAGCGUGUUUUAGCAGUUUAUUUUAUUUUUUUACCAAAUUGAAUGUCCGUGCUGUAAAUGCAUUUGAUCUGUACGAUGGGGGGGGGGGACAUAGAGGGAUGCUGUAGCAAUCAUGUUUUAAUAGGCUUCAACCAAUUCCUUUUAUUUCUGUAUUAGUAGUGUAACUCAUACUAUUUGUUGCACUGUAUAAGUUGUACAAGCGUCAGUAUCUCACUUGACUCCAUCUCAAAAACAUUGUUUUAAAUCACAUUUCUAUUUUUUGUUCCACUUUAAUUGCUUUAAAACUAUAAAGCAAACUGGACUCAGA